AUGGAAACACUACUCGCUUAUCGGCGGCGUCCCUGGCCGAGCAGUGUUACCAGCUGUACAGUACUAGCAAUCCUUACAGUCGCUUUUUCCUUCACUCUUUUCUUCACAUACAGUUUUUUAUGGAUCGUUGCGCAGUGUGUGACUGUAGCAAGCGGAUAUUAUCUAACAACUUACUUGCUGAAUCACUCACAAGGCGAAUUUUUAUGGAAUUUUUUCGAGUCACUACUUGGUGAGAAGCUCUCUCUGGAGGAUGGCGCCGCUGCUGGGAGUAAUGCAAAAGGGGAAACACCGUCUAAAGUUCGUAAUUUGCCAUGGAAAGGUUUGUAUGUGCCAGAAUCGGUGAAUAAAUCGCUUGUGGAGCUAAUUGAACAGCUUAUCGAUAACUAUGUGAAUAGCUGGUACAAGUCGAAGAUAAGUGAUGAUGAUGCAUUCGUCAAUGAAGUCAGGUACCAAAUACGAUUUGCAAUUGCGAUGUUCUAUCAGCGGAUCCAGAAGAUCGACUUAUCGUCACUGGUUCUUUUCCAGGCAGUACCUUUGGCAGCAAUUCAUUGGGAAAGAGUAUCGCGCCUUUACGAUUCUGUUGACAAAAAAGUUUAUCCGCCUCAGAUGGUGGAAACAAAAAUUUUGGAAGGCAUGCAAGAUGUUCAUUUUGCCUUGGGCUCACGGCAGAACGAGAUCGAUUAUCUGCGGCAACUGGCCGACCUUGCUGUUGCACAGUUGGUUGAUGAAAGUCGUAUAGCGGGUCGUGCAACUGACGACGAUUCCCCGUUUCAUCAGGCCCCUGCUGCUGCCGCCAUCGCUAAUCAUUCGGUAAUUUGUCAUAUUUUCUAUACUAUUCAUCGUCUUUGA